AUGAAACCUACUUUUCCUCUACUACGACUACCCGACAAUGUCAUCAUCAAAGUUCUCGAAAAUCUGCGUUUGAGACAAUUAUUCUUUAUCUCUCUUCUCUCAACGAAUGUUAAAAAUCAUGUGACAUCAUUGGGAUUGAGAGUUGAUUGUGUUAACAUCUUCAUUUCUCGAAUGAUUCGUCUUGUUGUGUUCAUUGGAAGAACCUACUUUCAUUUUAUCAUUUACAAUGAUUCGAAUGAUCAAAAUGCUGGGGCACUACCCGCAGACAUUACUCUUCCAGUUGCUCCUGGUUAUCUUAGAAAUCAAGACCCAAUAAUUCAAUUAACAACUCCACUAUUCAAUUUCAGCAAGUGGUUGAACCAUAUUCGUACAGUAUUCUGUUAUAAUAAGCCACCAAACCUUAUUUUUGAUCAAGGCUGUGAGAGAUUUGAACUUCGAUCGUUGAAAGCUUCAAUUAGAAAUGUCGAUUUGCUUGUUGUGUUUAUCCAAUCCCCUGAUAUUCAAUACAAGAACAUUUUGAAAUUUUUCAAUGCGCCCAACAAGAUGUAUCUGCAGACAAAUCCAUUCGAAGAUACUUGUCAGAUUCAACAAAUCUUCAUUCAAAACUUCCAAAGCCUCGCAUUUCAUGAUGUAUACUCACUAGAUGACAUGUUAUUGAUCAACAGUGAAAAAGUUGAGUUCUCCCGUCCAAUAUCUCAGAAACAGUUCAACCAAUUCCUCAAACACUGGAUCCGUGGAUCUAAUCCAAGACUGCAACGCAUUUCAUUAAAAAUCAAUCUGACUGAUUUUGCCCGUGGAGAAGUUUAUUUGAAAGGAAUCAAGUGCAUGGAAAUGAGUGAAGAGGCAAAAAAUGAAAUCUGUCACAACCACAGACUAUCAAAUGUCAAUAUGGUACAAAUCAGACGAAAUGAUGGGACAACUGCAGUUAUUGCGACCAAAAAUCUAGAUGGUCGUCUUAGUAUGUUUAUAAUUCCUUAG